GUGUGCCAGUCUGUGCUGUGACACUGCCUUCAAGGAGGUAGAAGAAGUAGUAGUAGUGAGUUCUCCUCACUUAGACAUACCUGGUGUGCAGAGGGUCAACAUCCCCACAAGAGCCCGAGGACGUCAAACUGAAACAUUCAACAAGGCUGGCUGGCAGCUGAGCUGGGCAUACAAAUUCAGGGGACUGGAGAGAUGGCUGUAGAAAAUCAGCUCGAAAACUCUAGCAAGAGCAGUCCAGGGCACGAACAAACAGCAACCACGCAGCACCUACCCAAUGCCACAGCGAGUGCAGACAGCACCACGGAAAAGGUGACACUAAAAAAGGAGAUAGGACUUGUCAGUGCUUGUGCCAUUAUCAUAGGUAAUAUUAUUGGUUCUGGAAUUUUUAUUUCCCCCAAAGGUGUCCUUGAACACAGUGGGUCGGUAGGACUGGCAUUAAUCAUCUGGGUUAUCGGAGGUGGAGUUUCAGCCUUGGGAUCGUUAUGUUAUGCUGAACUUGGAGUCACAAUCCCAAAAUCAGGAGGGGAUUAUUCAUAUGUCACAGAGAUAUUUGGCGGGUUAGCGGGGUUCUUGCUGCUCUGGAGUGCAGUUCUCAUUAUGUAUCCCACAAGUCUUGCAGUCAUUGCCUUGACGUUCUCCAACUACGUACUACAGCCUGUUUUCCCAGAGUGCAUACCUCCCUACGAUGCCACCAGAGUCCUCUCUAUGGUCUGUUUGUUUUUACUAACGUGGGUAAACAGCACCAGCGUACGAUGGGCCACUCGAAUACAAGAUAUAUUUACUGCCGGGAAACUGCUCGCACUUGGACUUAUUAUAGUAGUUGGGUUUAUGCAGAUAUUUAAAGGAAACUAUGAGGCAUUGAAACCAAGCAACGCAUUUAAUUUCUGGAUGACCCCAACAGUGGGGCAGUUGGCAUUAGCGUUUUUGCAAGGAUCUUUCGCCUUUAGCGGUUGGAACUUUCUCAAUUACGUCACAGAAGAACUGGUCGAGCCAAGAAGGAACCUACCUCGAGCCAUAUUUAUCUCCAUCCCUUUGGUAACAUUUGUGUAUACAUUCACCAACAUCGCCUACUUUACGGCCAUGACCCCCGAAGAGCUGAUGUCUUCGAAUGCCGUUGCAGUAACGUUUGGUGAAAAACUACUGGGUUAUUUUUCUUGGAUCAUGCCAGUAUCUGUAGCGUUGUCCACAUUCGGAGGGAUCAAUGGAUACCUCUUUACCUCAUCAAGGUUAUGCUUUUCUGGGGCUCGAGAAGGCCAUCUGCCUAGCUUACUUGCUAUGAUCCAUUUUAAAUACUGCACCCCAGUGCCGGCCUUGCUCGUCUGUUGUGGGGCGACCAUAAUUAUAAUGCUUGUUGGCGAUACCUACACCUUAAUAAACUAUGUAUCGUUUAUUAACUACCUCUGCUACGGAGUAACAAUUAUGGGACUAAUUGUUCUACGUUUCAAGAAGCCCAAAAUGUUCCGACCAAUUAAGGUUAAUCUCAUCGUUCCUAUCACGUACCUGAUAUUUUGGGCAUUCCUCCUGAUUUUCAGUUUUUACUCCGAGCCAGUUGUCUGCGGUGUAGGACUCAUUAUUAUUUUAACUGGAGUGCCUGUGUUCUUCUUGGCAGUCUACUGGAGGAAUAAGCCAAAGUGUAUAGAUAGAUUUUUUGAAUCCAUGACAAUCUGUGGACAGAAGGUUUGUUAUGUCGUCUACCCCCAGCCCUCCAUCCCGGACGAUGACCUGAUGCCCUAUGACACAGAGGUUACAGAAAACUCCCUAAAAAAGCAAUGACUGGUGCUGAAAGUCAGACGUAGCAUUUGGUUUACACGCUGAUUUUUGGAAAGAAGACAAGAAUGUACUUGAAGACCUAGCAUUGUAGAGAACCAGUGAAAAUAAGGCUCACAGUGGCACAACAUCAUCAGAAGAACACAAAGAACGAAGUGUGUAUUGGAAUGGAUAUGCAAGAAAGCAGACGAAAAUGCCAUGCCAUGGAUUCCUUCCCAUUAUAAUACAUUAAUUAAACCUUCCUGCCAGGGACAAGCACAGUGUGAGGGCUCCUGGCAUUAAAUUGAUUGACGUACAGUAUAUUCUGAGGAAAAUACCAUUGGGGGUCCCUUUUAUGUACAUUGCUCCAUCAUAUAUGUUGAUUAAAGCCUCAUU